AUCAGCUCCAACAUGUCCUCCAAGUCCAGCUCCAUCGCCGGGUCCAGAGCCAAGGAGGCCGCGAGGGUCUCCGAGGUGGAGCGGCAGCCCCCCAAGGCCAACGCCGAAGCCUUGGCCUUCCUCGCCUCCAUCCAGCCGGAGGAGCUGAAGCUGCUGUGUUUCUCGGAGACGCUGGCAAUGGUGUCUGAGGGAGGCGGCCAGCUUUCCCUGCAGGCCCAGCCGGGAAUCUACCAGGACGGACGGGGGGCCGCCCAGUCCUGCAUCCUGGUCCAGGCCACCUGUCGCAGCCACGUGGACGACACGCCCUGUGAGACCUCCCUCCUGGGCUACAUCUCCUGGAACCUGGAAAUCCUGGAGCAGCGAUAUCAUGAAUUUAUCAAGCUCCAGGACCACCCGCUGGACCGUCAGGUCAUCUCCAAGAGGCAGGAGGAGCAGCUGGCAGUGAACUGGACCCUCAAGGAGGGGGAGGAGCUGCAGACGAAGUCUUCCUGGCACCCUUGGGCCUCGGUGUCCGGCUUGGUCUCGGAAGCUGCCAACCUGCUGCUGCUGAGGGUCAUGGGGCGGCGUCAAAUGGUGCCGGAAGGAGGGCGUUUCCUGGCCUUCGACGCCACCGGCCAGCUCUGCCACACCACCUACCACGUGCUGGGGUCCCAGCCACUGAAGAUGGGACAGGAGGAGGUGCCGACUUUUGGGGUGGAGCAGACGAUCCACUCCGAGGACGACAUUCCCAUCACGUUUCACUUCUACCUGCUCGCUGACGGCCACCUUGCCCGGCGGAUUCAGGUGGGCUCACCGGCCUCCUGCAUCAUCUCCAGGAUGCCCACUCUGCAAGAGGAGGAGGAAGAGGAGCCGCAGCACCCGGGCCCGGUGUCUUUAGGGAAGCAGCCACUGGAGUGGGAGGAAGACCUGCAGCUCUACUCCAUGUUCCUGGACCGGAAGGAGGAGCUGGAGGCAGGCCAUGCCACCUACCUACGGCGGCACCCGGAAAUCCAGGCCCUGCUGUCCGACUUCCUGCUCUACCUGUUGCUCCACCAGCCCUCGGACGUGGCCACCUUUGCCGCCCAGUUCUUCGGACCCUUCGCCCGAGAUGUCCCCCAGCCGCCCGCCUUCCACUCCUCCCUCCAGCCCGGGCCCUUCCGCCCCCCGGUCCCAACUCUGGCCCUGACUUGGGGUCCGGGGGCCGAGAGGCCCAGCCGGGCAGGGAAUCAGGAAGGAAAAGCGGCAGGAGGGGCGGGCAGGAGGAUGGAGUAAGCCGAGA